UCUUGUCGGGUCAGAAACAAAAUGGUUGCCUAGAAGCGUGUACUGUUAGAAUCACAACGUUUAAGUGAAUGUUUUAAUUCGAUAAUCUUCGAGAAGUAACUGUUUUGAAAAUUAAAACAAAAUGACUGCUAUUCCGGGAACUGUGGCAUUUGAUGAAUAUGGUCGUCCAUUUAUCAUUUUAAGAGACCAAGAAAAACAAAAACGAUUAACCGGUAUCGAUGCUAUUAAGUCGCAUAUAUUAGCAGCUCGUAAUGUGGCUAAUACUCUUAGAACCUCUUUGGGACCAAAAGGUUUGGAUAAGUUGAUGGUAAGUUCGGAUGGAGAUGUUACUGUUACCAACGAUGGAGCUACAAUUUUGAAGAAUAUGGACGUAGACCAUGAAGUUGCAAAAUUGAUGGUUCAAUUAUCUCAAUCUCAAGAUGAUGAGAUUGGAGAUGGUACUACUGGAGUAGUUGUACUAGCUGGUGCUUUGUUAGAACAAGCUGAGCAAUUAUUAGAUAAAGGAAUACAUCCGAUAAGAAUAGCGGAUGGAUUUGAAAUGGCUGCUAAAUGUGCAACGGAUCAUCUUAAAACAAUUACCCACAAGUUUCCAGAAAGCGUGGAAAAUUUAGAACCUUAUAUCAAGAUUGCUAUGACAUCACUUGGCUCUAAAAUUAUCAAUAAAUGCCAUAGACAAAUGGCAGAAAUUGCAGUGAAUGCUGUAUUAGCGGUUUAUGAUCAUGUUACAUGGGACGUUAAUUUUGAAUUAAUCAAAAUAGAAGGAAAAGUUGGUGGUAGAUUAGAAGAUACUGUAUUAGUUCGUGGUGUAGUUAUUGACAAAGAUUUCAGUCAUCCUCAGAUGCCAAAGAGGUUAGAAAAUGUCAAACUUGCAAUCUUAACUUGUCCCUUUGAACCACCAAAACCCAAGACAAAACAUAAGCUCGAUGUCACUUCGGUAGAAGACUAUAGAGCAUUGCGUGAAUACGAAAGAGAGAAAUUUACAGAAAUGGUAAAAUUAGUCAAGGAUGCUGGAACAACUCUUGCCAUUUGCCAGUGGGGAUUUGAUGAUGAAGCAAAUCAUCUUCUUUUGCAAAACGAUUUACCAGCAGUUAGAUGGGUCGGUGGUCCAGAAAUAGAAUUAAUUGCUAUUGCAACGGGUGGUCGUAUCGUACCAAGAUUCGAAGAAUUAACACCAGAGAAACUUGGUUACGCAGGUGUUGUCAGGGAAUUAUCUUUCGGUACUACCAAAGAUAAAAUGCUUGUUAUAGAGGAAUGUAAGAAUUCUCGAGCAGUAACUAUCUUCAUACGUGGAGGCAAUAAAAUGAUCAUCGAAGAAGCUAAACGUGCUAUCCACGAUGCAUUGUGCACAGUACGUAAUGUACUAAAUACAAAGGAUAAGAAGAUUUUGUAUGGUGGCGGUGCAGCAGAAAUUUCGUGUGCAUUGGCAUGUGCAGCACAAGCCGAUAAGAUAAGUACUUUAGAGCAAUACGCAUUCCGGGCGUUUGCCGAGGCUUUGGAAGCUGUUCCAAUGGCAUUAGCAGAAAAUUCAGGCCUUUCUCCGGUAGAUGCUCUUGCGGAGAUAAAGGCACGACAAUUAACAGAAGAUAAUCCUUCUUUGGGAAUCGAUUGCUUAAAUCGUGGUACCGCAGAUAUGAAAGUGCAGAAUGUUAUUGAAACAUUAGCAAGCAAGACUCAACAAAUUUGUCUGGCAACUCAAUUAGUAAAAAUGAUAUUGAAAAUCGACGACGUACGUUCACCAAACGAUGCCGGUGAUGCAGCCUAAAUUAAUAUUUUUUAUUUUUCGAAUAUAUUAAUACUGUUCUGUGCUAACAAUUGCUUCAUUCACUUGUAUAUUGCGUAUUCGUAUUUCAUAUUUCUUCCGCAAUCACGACAUAAUAAAAUGUUAAUUUAUAUGAUAAUAAAAAAUUGCGAUACUA